AUGCCCAGCUCGCCGCUUUUUCAAGCCCUCUUUUUUGCUGCUGGUGCAGCGCUGGGUGCAACAGCAGUCUCCCUCUCUAACAAUCGAAGAGAGCGUGUCAAACCGGUCCAUUCGUCGCCCACGGCCAUUGUUGAUGUCAGUCCGUCUGGCAAGCCCGCGCUGUCACAGCGAGAGCUCGUUGCUGGUGACGUGUUAAAGUAUGGAAACCCUGGUCCAAUCAGCGACUUGAUUUGUCGCAAGGCGUAUACGUUGGGUUAUGAUCGUAAAUUGCGGCAUCCAGCUUGGACGGUCGAACACCUCACUCUUGCGUCGGUCUCGCCCCCACCAGACGACCCGAAUGGAGGUGACCGCUCGAAAUCAGUCUUCAAAGAGGAUGAGAGUAUCCCUCGUCAGUUUAGGGCCUUUCUAAAGGACUAUUUCCGAAGCGGAUACGACAGAGGCCAUUUAGCUCCCGCUGCAGAUGCAAAGAGUUCUCAGGAAGCCAUGGACGAAACGUUUUACCUGACAAACAUUGCACCCCAAGUAGGAGACGGCUUCAAUCGACACUAUUGGGCAUACCUCGAAAACUGGUGUCGAAAGCUGACGGGGUCGUUUUCCGAUGUCUUCGUUUUCACCGUCCCUCUUUACCUCCCCAAACAAGACGCAGACGGCAAAUGGCGCGUCACAUAUGAGAUGAUUGGAACCCCGGCAAAUGUCGCCGUUCCAACUCAUUUUGCCAAGGUCGUCCUGGCAUCUCGACCAGGAUCGGCAUACAAUCCUCGCGAGUCGGAGCUUUCGCUGGGAGCAUUUGUGCUUCCAAACGCAUCGAUCCCCGACGAAACACCAAUGGAAAAGUUUCUGGUUGAUGUGGACACGGUUGAGCGCGCGGCUGGGCUGACCCUUUUCUCCGACGAGGUCAAGGGCAAAGCCAUCAACAUCUGCCGCACGACUAAAUGUGAACUUGUCAUAAGAAGAUUUGAUGAUGCCAGGAAGAAUGCUACCAAAGCGAUUGGUGCACCCAGACGAUAG